GAGAUUGUGAGGUGGAGUACAAAGCUGUCAAAGAACUGGCCAAAACGAAAAGAAAAAAACAUGCUCUAUAACAAUCUCCAAAUUAUUUAGCACCAGGAGGGAGACAGAGUGCAUGUCUGCCUCACUGCUUUCGACGCGCCCAAUCCAGGGACUGGAAGGUAUGACCGCCUGCCUCCUGUGUCGACGUCCACCUGUUGUUAGAGUCACCCUCACACUACAAUGCUUCUUGGUGUCCUGAUUCUGCUGCUUCAUUGUGCUCUGGGCAUCCACACCUGGGCGGAGAUACCGGAGCAGUGCCAGUGUCGCUGUACUUGUCCACCAGCACUGGCACCGGUAGGUGCUGGGAAUCAACAGAGGAGACAUCGCCAGCACUAUUCUCCACACAGAAAGCUGCAACGUCCACACCGGAGACGGGGCAACUUGAUAAAAGAAUUUGCCCCUCGAAUUGUAAAUCACCCCACUGAUCUGGUUGUUCAGCCUCAAAGUCCAGCCUUGCUGAACUGCCACUCAGAAGGAAAUCCUCAACCCGUGAUUGAAUGGCUGCACAAUGGGGCACCACUGAAAACUGAAAGGCCUGGUAGCCAGUCACAGCCUAUUUUGCUUCCAGAUGGCAAUCUCUUCUUUCUCCAAGUGGUGCCUGGAAGGAGAGGCAAUUCUGAUGAGGGAAGCUACACCUGCGUUGCCCAGAACAAACACGGGAAGGCCUUAAGCCGCAAUGCUACUCUGUAUGUUGCAGCUCUGCGGGACGAGUUUCGUGCUCAGCCCAGUGAUCUGGAGGUGGCCGCAGGUGACCCUGCAAUCCUGAACUGCACUGCCCCCAAGGGACACCCUGAGCCUAAUGUCACCUGGAAGAAAGAUGGUGUACCACUGAACCGGAGCAGUGGCCAAUACUCUAUCCUCAACGGGAGGCUCCUGAUAAGCCACACCCAAAAAAACGACUCGGGGGCUUACGUCUGCAUCGCAUCAAACACCGUGGGACUGCGGGAGAGCCGAGUGGCACGUCUGUCCGUGCUUGAGAAGCCAACAUUUGUCCAGAGGCCAAGCAACAACACACUGAAAGCUGGCAGCACAGCAUACUUUUGGUGUCAAGUGGAAGGGGAUCCUAUGCCAGUGGUACGUUGGCAAAAAGAGCUGGGGCAGCUGCCCACUGGCAGGUAUGAAGUGUUUUCAAACCACACCCUCAAGAUUUACUAUGUCAGGGCCCAGGACACUGGCAAAUACACAUGCACCGCAGCCAAUCAAGUUGGGUCUGCCUCCGUGAGUGCCCACCUAAUAGUUCAGGAGAACCUGGACACGGGACAAAGAGAGCAACACAAAGAGCUGUCCAGCCUGCACAUCCAUCUGGAGAAUGUAACCAGCCAGCCUCUUCUGUCCACCACAGUGAGGCUCAUGUGGGAGGUGCAGCCUGAGCCCCAUUCUUUAGAUGGCUUUGAGGUGCUUUAUCGCUCACUGAUGCCGGCCAGUUCUGACUGGAUGGUGAAGAAGACACAUGUGGAGAGAACCACAAUGAUUGACUCUCUGAAGAGGGGCUACAAGUAUGAAUUCAAAGUGCGGCCAUUUAUUGGAGACUUGUACGGUCGUGAAAGCAACUCCAAACACCUCCGUGUCCCUGAGCAAGUUCCGAGUGCAUCUCCUCAGAGAGUUAUAGUGAUGGUGCUGGCUGAGAGGAACGAUACUGCCCUGGUGACAUGGGAGCCUCCACCCCAUGAAGCUCACAAUGGAAUUAUCCAGAGUUACCAGGUGCUAUUCAUGCAUGCCACAGGGCAGCUGUUAUACAACUGGACGGUGGACGGCGGGGCUCACAGCCUGGAGAUCCCGGUGCCAGACCCCGAGACACAGUACUGGAUCCAGGUCGCUGCUGUCAAUGGUGCGGGGAUUGGAGUUCAAAGUGAACCUCAGCCUCUCUUCACAGGACUUCCAGUACCCCAUAACCCUCCUUUUGAUCAUCUGGACCAGAUUCUCAGGGUGGUACAGGACCCUGUUUUCAUUGGCAGCGUCGGUGGCGUCCUCUGGCUGAUGCUUAUGGUGGCUGUGAUUUGCUUGUAUCGGCGGUAUAGCCGUCAUGGCCAGUUCAAGCAUGGCCACUGCAAGGCAACAGGGCUGUACAGACUGGCAAGUGAGGACCUCAUCAUUAAGCACAGGAUGGCUGCUCCAGACUCUCCUUGGAUCUCCAGUGCCUGGAAGUCAGCUCCUUGUGGUGAACGUUACCCAAGCCUGUGGGCCCAGAGUAAAGAGAAUCCAGGCUUCAGGAAAGCCACCCUGCCUCUCACAGAGAAAGAGCCAUGCCCUCUGGACAUAGCCGUUCCAAUUGUGCCCGACAGCUGCGGCUUGUAUGGCACGUUUUAUGUGGACUUCUCUGGAACGGGCCUAAAAACCUUUAACAGCCCCUCAAGACAACCCAAGGUCCUGCAUGACCCUCCCAGCUUCUCUCAGCCGCUUCUCAAAGGUGCCACCUGCAAGGAAGGGCAAUGCUUACCGUGGAAACAGGCAGUUCCUGCCCAGCCAAAUAUGGGCAUACUCAAGGAAUCGUGGGAGAAAAGACAGAAAAGACAACUUCAUGCAGUGAACAGUGCGCCACUAGCACCCACGUACCACGCGGCUGAGAUGCGGAAGAGCGCACCUGCCACGAGGGUAAUGAGGCUGUGCCAGAACACCGCAGGAGGAAUUCCAGUGAGCCCUAAUCUCAUCAGCUCUCCCAAAAUCCUGCACUACUCUGCCUCCCUGCAGCUGAUCGACAUGUUGCCAGCCCACCCUUCUUUCCCACAAAUAGCCGAGGAUGGGCAGAGCCUGAGCUCUGAAGAGGGCUCCAGCAAAUCAACAAAACUGACUGUAGAUGGAGGCUCUUUACUUUCAGGAAGAUCUGUCCUGGGCCCCCGGUCCCCUCCAGCAAUGGAGGAUCCCUCCUACCUAACUCUGUCUUAUAGCCGUCUGUCCACUGCCUCCUUUUGCUUGUCCCUGGAUGAAGACAAUGAAAGUGCCCUGGCAUCUCAGGACAUCGAACGCUUUGUGGAGCUGAGUCCAGAGGCGGCCAGCAACAGCAGCCCACCGGAUCAGGGCCCAGCUUCCAUUCCAAGGCCAUUCUCCCCGACGCCCACAUUUGGGUACAUCUGUGGCCCCCUACCCCACGAUAACGAAGCUGAGGAAGCGUCUGAGGACCUGCCUAGGUUGCGCCACCAUUUCCCAGCAGAAGGUGGCUCACGCCGCUGUUAUACCCCCACGUCCUGUGACAGCGAAUGGGAGGGGUCUCUGUGGAAUGGAUGGGGGUCCAUUUCUGAUGGCAACGCCCUUAGUGCUCGCGCCAGCCUUCUCAGUUCUUCGGAUGGCUCCUUCAUGAACGACGCCAGUUUUGCCCGUGCACUUGCAGUUGCUGCUGAGACGUUUGGAGAAGGAGCAUUUCCAGACUUCUCUCCACCAGCCUCCCCUCUGAGUAGCCUGUCUCUGCCUCAGGAGCCUCGAUUUGGGAAGAUGGGGUCUCUCCCCGUGUGGGACUGGAGCACUGCAUGGGUGGAAGAGAUGGAGGCCAGUUAUGCCACCUCUUGGACCGAAAGUGACCUCGGCUGGGGUAAAGCUGGUGCACCGGGGCUGGGCUUCCUGAAGCCCCGUCAGCCACAGCCCGCUACAUCCAGUCAGCCGUUCCACUAUGAACUCAGCCAGCCACGUGCAUCUCCUCUGGCUGACCAGAGAUGAUGAAGGCCAUGUGGAGUGAGAAGUUCUUGAAGUGUACGAAGGGCAUUCCUGUGGAGAGGAACAGCGAAGGUUGCUCAGCAGGUUUCUCUCACCACUGCCUGACCACUUGUUUCCCAGUGACUGUAUGGACCCCCCCGCCCCUGAGCCCUUGCACCCUGGCGCCUGUUUAGUCUGAACCUGCCAGUGCAGGCUGCAGUAAUAAAAGACUGGCAUUUGGAUUUGGUGCCUCCCUCCUGACUUUCCUCAGCCUGAGAUGGGAGCGCCAUUAGAAAAAAUGAUUAAAGCAGGAUUUCUGUGUUGGCUUUGUGCACUAGCGGUGUUGCUGCACACAUCUUUAGUUCGGACUUUUGUUAUUCUUACUAAAUUUCUGUUUGUGGAGCUGUGGACUAACUUAUCUUGUACUCUUGUGUUCUGACACUUGUAAAUUAAAGACAUCUCUAGUUUCAGGUUUUCA